CGCUGUUGGGGAUCACAUGGUCCUGUAGGGGGCGGACGGUAAGCGGGUUGUGGCAACGUUGUGGGGUUGUGGUGGGUGGAGGACGUACCGUGGUACCGUAUUAUGGCACUAACAUCUUCCGUCCGUGCCCUUCCGAAAUCGCUGUUUGUGGCUGGAAGACUAUUUUGAUGGGGAACUGAGGGCGUGGCAUCUAAAGCAGAGGGCAGCUGACUGCUGCAGCUCCUGAUGCCAGCGUACUCUGAGGGCACAUUGACGUGUGGUCGGCCAGCAGUAACCUGGCCUGCCCGGCUUGCGGGGGAGAGACCAUGGCGGCUGAGCCAAAGAAAGAAGCAUCUUACAUUCCCGCAGGUGGAAGGUAGCCUCACAGUGCUGCUCAAUUUGCUAGAGCAGCAGCACAAAAAUUCAACAGUAACACGAAAUGUCAUAUUGAUCCUAAAGGAAGUUCUUACUUCUAAAACAGUGUCGAAGCAAUGUUGUGGUGCUCUUGUACAAAGGAACGGGGGCCAAGUCUUGCUCUCUGUUCUUCUGAAACAUCGUGAGAUAGGCAUCACAGACAUAAAUUCCAUCUGCGCACUCUAUGCUGUGCUCACUAGGAUGGCAACUAGAGACAGGAAGCUUGCUACUAGAGCUCGACUCGUUGGAGCUUUGAAAGUUCCACUCGAAGAAUUACAGCGUCAGCCCCGCCCCAAGCCUAGGAUUGCUUUGAGCACUGUGCAGUUUCUCCGGAAGUUGCUCAUGAAUAAAGUUAAUGCUACCCUUCUUGGCAAGGAAGGUGUGAUCCCUCAGCUACUUGGACUUUUGAAUGACCACCGUACAGUAUCAUUGUUCACAGCUCAAGUACUCGAAUGCUUGGCAUGGGCUACACGAUCAAAGAGAAAUGUCCUGGAAAUGUCGCAGCAUGGACACUCCAUCUUGUUGAACGUUUUGCACGAUCUGUCUGCUGGAAAGGUAACGACACGGCACGAGAAGCUGUUGGUGCGAAUGCUGAGAGCUGACUUGCAAGCACUGCUGCAUAUUGCCUUCUACAAGGCUGGUCGAAGAGCCCUGCUGGAGGACAUGACGCCAGAACGACUGUAUUCCUGGUGUACAACUUUGCCAUCCGGCCCACUCUGGAAUCGUCUGAUUGCAUUGGCUUGCCUAACCAUACAGAGAUGCAUGCCUCCAUUGGAGCUCCCUGUGUCAUCCAUAGAGAGUCCUGUAGUAUGCCCCCUCCAGCGACAACUGAAAGAUACUGCCAGUGAGAUACUGACCGAAGCUUCAUUGCGGGUGGACGUCCACAGAGGCAGUCAAGAUCAACUCUCAUCUGGAACCACUUCAUCCUCUGAUCCAGACGUCGACUCAGAUGAUGGGGAGCCAGAUAUUGUCAAAGAGAAUCCACCAAUACGUCAUGACACAGGACUCAGUGUUGGGACUUGUGUCCAAUUCUUUCCUGAAAUGGAAUUUAAAGGUGCUUCACUGGUUACAACUAGAAGUGAAGUGAGAGGUGAACCUGACGAGAAAGAGCCCCAUAAAAGGAUGAGCAUCCUAAAUUGCGCAGCAUUGCUGAAUGGUGCCCGAGAAGCACAGCGUGCAGAGCGUUGCCUCCAGGGUGUCGACAGGCCUGAAACUUUUGCACGGUUGGCACAAUCAACUGAAAGUGUAGUUCUACUAGUCAAACUUCCAUUCCCUGACCUACAUGGACAUGAUUCUGUGCAUGAAAUUGAACUACUCAACUCAAAGUGUGGAGCCUCAUAUAGGUCAAAGCUGUUGGGUCAUGUUGAGAGAUGCCUUGCCCUGAGACGCUCAACUCAGAGUGUAGUUGUGUAUGACUACGAUGCUUCUGUUAAUGGCAGCAUGACGUUCUUUCGGCCGCUUCGCAACACAGAUGAAACCCGGGUGGCGAACACUACACCUCGUUGCGUUCUCGAAUUUGAGUCCCGAUUUGAGAGUGGGAACCUGCGUAGGGCCAUUAAGGUAGGACCCACUGAGUAUGACUUGGUGCUGAACCCUGACAUCAACACUAAUUUCCAUCAUCAAUGGUUCUACUUUGAGGUGUCUGGAAUGUAUUCGGAUUGUUUGUACACAUUCAACAUUAUCAACUUGGAACGAAGUGGCAGCUUGUACACUGAGGGUCAGUGUCCACUCCUGUAUUCUGUACGAGAAAACCUGCAACGAAGAGAGACAGGAUCCAAUGGGGGUUGGCGUCGAGUUGGAGAGGACAUCUGUUACUUCCGCAACCAGUAUGCACGCAGCCACACAUCUCGCUCUGUGGAUCGACCCUACUACACACUGAGCUUCACUGUUCAGUUCCCUCAUGACGGAGAUGUUUGCUACCUGGCGUAUGCUUACCCAUAUUCCUUUUCACUUCUUAAGAGCCACUUACACUGUUGGCAGGUUGGCUGUGACACCAGCACAAUAUUUUACAAGCAACAGGUGCUCUGUGAAUCAUUCGGUGGAAACCCAGUGCCCUUGGUCACAAUAACUGCACAGCCUGCUGAAGAUUCAAGGCCCUACAUUUUUCUCUCAGCUCGUGUACAUCCUGGUGAAACUCAGUCCUCGUGGAUUAUGAAAGGUGUGCUUGACUUCUUGAUGAGCGAUAAGCCAUCAGCACAGAGGUUGCGGGAGGCCUUCACAUUCAAAGUGGUCCCUAUGCUCAACCCUGACGGGGUAAUCAAUGGCUGCCAUCGUUGUUCACUUGUGGGGCAAGACCUGAAUCGCCAGUGGUCAUUUCCUGACCAGAGGCAUCACCCAACAAUUUAUCACACAAGAGCACUACUAGAGUACUUGUCUAGCAUCAACAAGGCACCAGCUCUCUUGUGUGAUUUUCAUGGGCACUCCAGGCGUUUCAACAUUUUCCUCUACGGCUGUUCACCAUCACAGUCUUGGUGUAUGAAUGAUCGUCUGCUUCAUGAUGAUGCCUUAUAUGAGGUAUUGCCCGUACUCCUUCACCACGUAGCGCCAGCCUUCAGUUAUGACCAUUGCUGUUUUGACAUAGAGCAUGGAAAAGAGUCAACAGCACGUGUAACGGCUUGGCGCCAAUUUGGCAUUCAGCUGAGCUACACACUUGAGUGUUCCGCAGCUGGUUGUGAUCAAGGAAUGUAUGCGGGCCACCAUUUGGGCAUAGCCCAGUUAGAAGAAAUGGGCAUGAAAUUCUGCCAGGCGUUGGGUCGAAUGGGGCUGACCAGGGACAAGGUAGACGGCUCUCUACAACUGGAUCCCACUUAUCCGGAGCUUAUCGAAUCGUUCAGAAAUGAAAAAUCGAAAAAGAGAACAGUGAGCAGCAGCAGCUCUGGGAGUGUCAUUGAUGAAGAAGCCUGCAAUGAGGAAGAAGAAGGAGAGCAGGUUUUAGGAAACCCGUAAUCUAAUUUCACUGUGAAAAAUACCAUUGGCAGUAAAUGAGCAAAAAUCAUGGGCACCCCUUUCCGAUUAUGACGCUACUUUACUCUGCAAGUACUUCAGUCAGCUGUGGUUGCAUAGGUCGAUGGAAUUGGUGGCUAUAGGGAGCAAGACAAGGUUCACAACAUUUUCGGAAAUUACCAUCAAAUGCAUCAAGUACUUUGUUGGUGGUUCACAAUGAUGUGGCCGCUGUCGCUGUUGAAACUGCUGGCCAUGUGGGUUAUUAUUUUCCUUGAGGGAAAUUUGUCCCAAAUUGUGUUGGAUGCGUAUGCAUAUGAGCUUUGUCACGUGAUAAUGUGCUAUGCUGCGAUUAUUUUGUCAGCUUCCACUAGUAGCAUAAUUUCGAUGAUUGCCUACCUUCCCGUAGCACAUUGCUGUACAAAUGACAUUUUAUCUGCAGUAGCGCAGUUAUUUGGAAACACGAUACAUUUUAGACACUAGUACAGAGGGUUGUUCUUCUUUUGGAGCUUCUAGUCACUUUGUGGCAUGUUGUCCAGCAUGCCACUUUCCUUUCGAAAUGGCUUUUUCUGGUGCAGUGUUAUGGAAGAACACUUCUUUUACCAUAGUAUUGCAAAGAAUGUAUCGAAAGUGGGCACCGUUUGGGCCUCCCUUCUUCCCACUCUCUUCUGCUGUUUCAUUGCAUGCAGGGUGGCUAUGAGCACAUUGAUAGCAUGUUGCACAUUCACACUAAAACAACAAUGAAUCCUCAGUUAUGGUGCCACGUGCAAAAUGUUCACUGUGAUGUAGUAAGCAGUCCUUACACAAGAGAUCUGUGUGUGUGUGUGUGUGUGUGUGUGGAGUUGUGAGAAGUAGCAGUGCAUACUAUUUCUCCUUUCCCUGCUGCAUUUCCUAUAGGGUUUGAAGUGUGGCUCGAAGAAGGCUUAAAGGAGCUCUGAAAGCCAUCUAAAAAAUUUUCUAUUCCGAACGCAUUGUGGAAGUAGGUAACUCAACUUGAUGAUUAACACGAAAAUUUUAUCUGUAUGCGAUAUUUUUCGUAGAAAAAAAGACACUUCAACAUCGCCGCGCACGUUCCCACUUGACUCGCACUUCCGGGUCAAAGGAGGAGCAGAAUGAAAAAGAAACGUCAUUGGUGACAUAAUAAAAGUUGGAAGCGGCGACCGCGCUUCUAUCCGUGUCAGUGCUGACUGGUUUUCUUUUGUUUCUUUCCGUUUUCUUUCCCCCUGCUUUCUCCCUGUCAAGCGAUGAAUAAGGGAUGACCUCGAUAUUCCUGGUCGUGAAACCCCCGUUCUCGAAAUUCAUGUUCUGUAAACAAGGAAAACCAGGGAAAAUGCUGCUUCGUAAGAUGAUAUGCCGCGAUUAAGAACAUAACAUCACUAUUUAACCACUCAAACUGAGGGGUCCAAGUCGUCUUAGCAAACGAAAGACUCAUUUUAGCAGCCCUUUGGCUUGGCAGGGCGGCAUGUUGGUUAGUUGUGUGCUUGCAAUAUUAUGGCCGGGUUAGUCAGUUUUCCAUUGGCAGUUUCCUGCGCGCGACAUGGGCAUUUUAUAGUCAGCUAAAAUUUACACUACAUCAGUAGUCACGUGUUGUUUCAGUGCAUGCUGAUAUGUCGGCGGACGCAAACUUAACCGGCGCUGUCGGUCACUAUAUGGUGACAAAACAAAAGGUGCCGAGCACGGAUGAACUCAAACUUGCGUGUCUGUGUCGUCCACAUUUGUAGUCUGCAUCGGCCAAUUCUUGUUUAGCUCGAUGAUUGGUAAGUUGGCCAUAAAUUGUGGUUGCCUUAUGACACUGCUUGGCUAUGUCGGUGUGUAACUCAGGCAAUGAAUGUUCAAUGCCUGAUGCCACGACGUGCCGGCGACGGCAUAUUGCGAUAGAUUUCACUGGGUUGUAUCUGACAACGUAUCGGCAAGAACACUCUUCCAGCUGAAUAAGGAAUUAACUGAAUGGCUAGCAAAGUUGCUAGUCGAAGUGACGGGCACUAGUGAUCAUAGCGAAUUAGUGAUAUAGCGAAUAUUGAUACAGUGACAUAGCGAACGGAAUUAGUGAUCAUAGCGAUGCAGCGAUCAUUUUGAGGCGUGAACUGUAGCAGCGCUUAGUGCUGCAUUGUGUUUAUACUUAUUGCUGCCAACAACACAACAGCAAACAGUCACCAUGAUAACGAACAGCGUACAAAACACAGACAUCGACAGGACAACGUUCAUCUGGCACCUGAAGUUUAGUUUCACAAUCCACCUACUCCGGAAGGUCGCUUUAGGGAAAACAAGGUCAAGCAGGGAGAUGCUGACCGAUUUUUGGUUGACUUUGCUCGGGGAGUUCAAUGAGGAUCGCCUCCACAAUCUCACGGCCUAACCUUGAACAGUGUCUGUAGACCAGUCUUCGUUUACUGUAUCUGAUAAAUCAAAGAAAAAGCAAACAAAAAACUUCUUCCACCGUUGCGCCAGGGUUCCGAGUGAAAAAUAGCAGACGACGUUCCUCGAAACCAAUCAGCAGCUCGACUUUUGCGACGUCAAAAUGACGCGAGCGGCUCGACAGCUCGUUCCAGGCAUUGCCACCGUUGCGCACGGUCGUGAUUUUCAAAAUCGAAUUUUACGAUAUUUGUGCACUUGUUGAUAGAAUUACUUCACAUGGUGCGUUUUAAUAAGCAUACGAACCGCUUGGUUUAAAAAAAUGUUGGUGAUUAAAGUGCUUUCCGAGCUCCUUUAAAGUGUAAACAACGAGCAUUGGCCGAGGCUGACCACAAUUUCCCUGAGUUGUUUUCCUCUUUCUUUGUCCUCUGUUCCCUGAGUUCUUUGAAUUCACUUAAAGUGUCCAGUGCAUUUUAGUUUGGCCCAAGUGGGUUAGGGAGGGCAAAGUUGUGUGCCUGAGCCAGGCAGGGCACACUCAAAUCUUCUUGAACUCUGAGUGUAGUGAUGUUAUUGAGCUAAAAAGGAAUACAGCAAAUACCUGCUUUGGUGUACACGAGAAAUAUCCUUCACGAUGGGUGCUGUCUUUCUAAUGAAACUGCAGCCUAGUGGAGAAACCCCAUACUAGAAUGAAGCUUGAGCUGGACCCACACGCAUGAAAACAGCAGACUCAAAGCAGGCUGUUGACUCGGUUGUGUUAUCUCCAGAUCUCUCUCAGAACACAGCACUGUAUUCGCAGUUAGAACCUUGAUGAUGGACCUUCAAGAAAGUCACAAAAAACCAUAUCAGAGAGAAUCAGUGCUGAGCCCGAGCAGUUUGAGAUUUGGUUCAGCUUGCUUCAUGUUCAUCUUGGCGGAAAGAUAAUGGUUUGAACUUACUGGUUCAUGGCUGGUUCAACAUGCAGCAGAAAAUAACAACUAUUCCUUGCCCUGAGGUUCCCUGGGAAUGCAUGCAAAUGCAAAUUUUCUUGAAGGAAGUUUUAAAUCAAGAAUAUUUUCUCUUCAUGCAUUGAAUUCAAAAUCUGUAUAAGUAGUACGUACACGAUACAUCCUGGUGCACUCGUCGAAUCACAACCCUGUCGACUUUCGUCUCGUUUUCCUUUGGAUAGUUGCCGCACAUAAAAUGGAACAUCCAUUUAUGUCGAUUGUGUGUCAUCUCCACUCAGCAAACUACAAUAUAACUUUACUGCUAAAAUACUGCUUGACCAUGCACCUUUCUUCGUUUGCCAGCGUGACAGGUAAUAGUGCUGAGAAAUUUGGCCUUAAAUUGAAAAAGAUACAAGAGCCCACCUAUCUUGGAGCACACAGCAGUCCUUGCGAAGCUGAAAAAUAAAACUGUCAGAGAAACAGCGCAGGCCUGGAUAUCUUGUUCGGAAAAUGAGAUCAGUGCGAGCAGACUCAUAAGCAUGAAAUGUGCAGUAGAAAACACUGAGAACGACAGAGACGAGGAAAACAAGCUCACAACAUAUCAACUGAAACAUUUCCUUCCGUGCUCUUCAUUCUUAUGAAGUCUUAUCAGCUAGCCCAACUCAAUGUUCGGACAUGAGUCCAGUGUCUACCUUAGUACAUCUUGUCAAGAAAAGAAACUGUUCGUCGAACUGGUUCAGAGCUGUUUUAUUUUCAUGCGUUCCAGUUUGGAUUCAGUCCUGGUCUGAUUUUUGACUCUGUUGCGGCUUGGUUCGACACCUGGGGAGAGUGCAUCAUGAAGUGCAUCAUCAAAAGAUUGCCAAAUGCACACCCGAACAGAAUAUUGCUACAGAGUGUGCGAGGUCAAAACAUUGGGGCCACCCACAAUCGUGCACGUUGAUCAUGCGCUAAAUUAUUGAUGAUGCAUAGCAGCUUAUCAGCACCACUUGAUCUAUGCUCUGCUUAUGGGGCAUGGAGUAAAAAAAAAACUUGCCAUCCAGACACAUGGGUAUGCUGAGAGGGGGCAAGGGGAGACAUGCAUGCUUGGCUGACAUUCUUUUCAGCUUUCCCAGUGUGGAAAGCCUGUUAUUUCUCGCCCAAGCGUGGAGGAAUGUCGUUCGAGUAUUAUUGUAUGAAACAACAGCCUCUCCUGGAUACAUUUCCAAGUUUGUCCAAUGUACUGGGACCCACAUUUGAGCGGAAUGGUAGAUAACACAAUGUACAAAGGGUUUUCUGUGCUUAAUUUCACAGGCUGAGUGCUGGGUUUUAGGGGUGUUGUGUGUUUUAGGGGCGCACAGGCGGAUCAAAUGACGCAGCUGGUAGGGGCAACUGAACACCACGUCACAAAAAUUCUGAGUCUUUCUGAGGAGAAAGAUACCAUGGGUGUAGGGUAUUACCACUUGUGCAUUAGCUGAGGAUGUUGAAGCAAGAGAAGGCAGGCUGUUCUAACGACAAAAUCAAUCAAACAACAGAAAACCCCUUGUGUAAUAGAGGCCUUCCAGAUUGAGAAACCUGAAAAGAAUGACAGCCAAACAUCCCUUUCCUGAGGAGGUCAUCUUUGUUGGGCGGGUUUCCGCCAAUAAGCGUCACUUGCAGUGGGACGCCAUGUCAGUAUCUGUCUCCUGCGUUCUUCCACCAUGUUGGGUUACAACAAACAUGCUCUCCAUGCUCUACUCGUUUUAUAUUUAUUGCAAUUUGACAUGAUGAAAGCAAAUGUGUCGCAAAUUUAAUAGAUUGCACGUGUAUUAGCACUGUUACCAGCGUUGUAGUGUGGAGUAUUCUGCUAUGAGCAGGUUAACAAAGUCAUGUUUUAUGUGCAAUUGGUGACUAUUAUUGAAUAUGUCAUGCACGGAGGCCUACACUUUCACGUAGUGCUGUUGAACAGAGCUUCAUGCAUGGAUGGUGUGCGUCUUAUUGUAUAUGCUAGGCAUUUUAGUGCACAUUCUGAAUAAAGCUAUAUUUAUUA